GACAUUUCCUUUAGUUCCAAAAAGUAUUUCAAAAAUAGUUGAAAGUAUUUUUCUGAUCUACUUUCAAGCAACAAGACAGGCAAAAUGGUUAUGCUGAAUCCCAUUGAGAUUUUCUGCUUCUAUGUGGUGCAGCCCAUCAUUGACUUGCUGGGCUACCUCAUGGAUGUGCACUAUUUGGCCUUUCUGUCGGGUCUGGCAGUCAUUGGCAUCAUCUUGGGACUCAUCUUCAGCAUCAUAUCGGUGAUCUGGUACAAGAGCACUUUGAAAGAUGUCCCCAAGGAACAAACACCCAAUUUGGAGCUAGUUCACAUACAAGAAGGCCCCUCCAAGAAGAAGGACGACUAAAAACAGAUGACACUACAGCGGUAGCGGCAGCGGCUCUCUCUCACAGAAUUCUAAAAAAAAAAUUCAAAGGGCGGUACAGAAGAAGACUAAAUAAACAGCAUUAAA